AUGACAGAUCAGCCCCUCCAGAAGGUGCUCAAGAGGCCAGAACUGUCCGGACGACUGGCUAAGUGGGCCGUAGAGCUGGGAGAAUACUCCCUGGAGUUCAAGCCCAGAACAGCCAUAAAAGGACAAAUACUGGCCGACUUUUUAGCAGAGGUUCCGGAGGACGAAGAGAAAAAACUCCAGAAAUGGGAGGCCUUGGAAAGAAAAGAGAAAGAGGAAGAAGACAAGGCUGUAUGGAAAAUAUUCAUAGAUGGAGCCUCCAGUGAGGAAGGAAGUGGAGCGGGCAUCACCUUGAUAAGUCCUGAGGGGGUUGAGUUGACUUAUGCCAUAAGAUUGGAUUUCGAAAACACCAACAAUACCGCAGAGUAUGAAGCCCUUUUAGCGGGGAUGAGGCUAGCACAAAAAAUGAAAGCAAGACAUGUGGAAGCCACCACCGAUUCACAAUUGGUGGUUAAACAAUACCAAGGAGAGUAUGAAGCCAAAGACAACACCAUGGCUCAGUACGUGGCGAAAGUAAAGGAAACAGUUGAAGCAUUCAAAACCUUCAAGUUAGAAUACAUCCCCCGAGGGAGAAACAGAAAGUCUGACGCCCUCAGUAAGCUGGCCUCCGUAGCAUUCGACCAUCUCGCAAGGGAAGUCAAAGUGGAAGUCCUGACUUCUCCUUCCCUUAGCACAAAGGAGGUGGCUGCAGUUGAAAGUACUCAGGAAACAUGGAUGACACCAAUUAUAAAGUUCCUCAGAGACGGAACCCUGCCUGAGGGGGAGUGGGCAGCCAGAAAGGUAAGGGUCAAAGCCCUGCAGUAUGAGUUGAUUGAUGGGGAGUUGUACCGAAGAUCAUACCUAGGCCCAUACCUGAAAUGCGUUGAUAUGGAAGAGGCUGAGUAUGUGAUCAAGGAAAUGCAUGAGGGGAUUUGUGGAAUGCAUUCGGGGCCAAGGACGAUAGUAAUAAAAGCGAUGAAUGCGGGGUUCUAUUGGCCACGAAUGUAUGAAACAGCAUCCGAGGAGAUUAAGAAGUGUGACAAUUGUCAGAUACGGGGUCCCAAAGAGCUGGUAAGUGAUAAUGGCGUCCAAUUUGCUGGAAGACCUUUUAAGCCAUGGUGCGAGCAGAUGCACAUUCAACAAGUGUUUACCUCCGUCACUCAUGCCCAAAGUAAUGGAUUAGUAGAAAGAGCUAACCAAAGUGUCAUCAAGGGAAUGAAGGGAAGACUCGGGAGAAAACAAAAAGGAUGGCUGGAGAAACUACCAUUUGUGUUAUGGGCAUAUAGGACCACUCCCAAAAAUUGCAAUGGGGAAACUCCUUUCAGCCUAACUUACGGGACGGAGGCUGUCAUCCCGGCUGAAAUAGGAUCCCCAACUGCCCGAAUGAGGCUCAGGGAGGAGGAGAAUGAGCAAGACCUCCGAAUGAAUCUGAACCUUUUGGAAGAGAGAAGGGAAGUAGCAGCAAUCAGAGAGAACAAAUACAAGAAGCAGCUGGAAAGUUAUUACAACGCCAAGAUGAAAAAGCUCAACCUCGUCCCAGGAGAUCUGGUCCUAAGAGCAAAUGAAGCCAGCUUGCAGGAGAACACCGGAAAGUUAGGCCCCAACUGGGAGGGGCCUUACCGAGUCAUAUGGGCAAACGGCAAAGGGAGCUGCAAAUUGGAAACACUCCAAGGCGAGGAGGUCCCCAGGACAUGGAACCUCAUGCAGCUUAGGAAAUAUCACAUGUAA